AUGGCCUCCAAGAGACUUGUUGUCGCUGGUGGUAAUGGAUUCUUAGGGUCAAGGAUUUGUAAAUCUGCCGUCGCAAGAGGCUGGACUGUCACUUCACUCAGUCGAUCCGGAGAACCACGGUGGGAUGCGGUCACGAGCUCCCCUCAGCGUCCGGGUUGGGCGAAGUCGGUGGAAUGGGCCAAAGCGGACAUCUUGAAGCCCGAUACGUAUAAACCCUUCCUAAAAGACGCGUCAGCGGUGGUUCAUAGCAUGGGCAUCCUUCUUGAAGCCGAUUACAAGGGAGUAGUUCAAGGGCGGGAACCGAUCAUAUCCGGCUUACAGAGGGCCUUCAGCUCGUCGAAGAGAGGAAGUCAAAAUCCUUUUCAAAGGAAAGAGGGUGAGGCGCUCAAGGCACAGGAGGGGGAUGGUCAAUUUACAUAUGAACUUAUGAAUAGGGAUUCUGCUAUCGCUUUAGCGCAAGAGUCCUUAAACGAGCAUGCGUCGACCUUCGUGUACAUUUCGGCCUCCUCGGGCGCCCCGAUACUUCCAAGCAGGUACAUCACAACCAAACGAGAAGCGGAAACAACAAUAUCCUCCCAGCUUCCGGAAUUGCGAAGUGUCUUCAUGCGACCUCCGUUCAUGUAUGACUCAAGCAGGAAGUUCACCUUGCCCAUAGCCCUUGGCGGCUUUGUUGGAUCGCAAUUCAAUGAGCUUUUGGGUAACAGAUUGAAUUUCUUUGGAUCGAUGGUGGACAAGCCGUGUCAAGUGGACACUGUAGGCGAGGCUGUGGUUGAAGCACUGGAUGAUCCGUCGAUAAACGGACCAGUCGGACCGAGAAAGAUCGAAGCCUUGGCCACUAAGGCGUGGAGAAAAAGCAUGCUAUAA